CGCGCGCCCCCCGCGCGCCUCCCGCCGGCUCGGGCCGCUCCGCGAUGGAUCGCCUGCUCGUUGGGCGCUGAAGGCAUCCCCGGGACCCGGAGCGCAGCCCGGGAAAGAAACACACAGUGGUAUUGAUGUGUAGAUCCUUGGGUUCAGAGGUUGGCUGAAACACACCAUGCCCGCUUCCAUCCUUUGCUCCGGAAAGCUGUGAAUUGCUCAUGCCUAUAGGGAGGAAGGAUGGCUCAUGGGAUUCCUCCUCAAGGCAAAGUUUCCAUAACAGUGGAUGAGUACAGCUCAAACCCCACCCAGGCAUUCACGCACUACAACAUCAACCAGAGCAGAUUCCAGCCGCCACAUGUACAUAUGGUCGACCCCAUCCCAUAUGACACUCCAAAACCAGCGGGCCACACGCGGUUUGUCUGCAUCUCAGACACACACUCCAGAACAGAUGGUAUCCAGAUGCCUUAUGGGGACAUCCUUCUCCACACAGGCGAUUUCACCGAGCUGGGACUGCCCUCAGAGGUUAAGAAGUUUAAUGACUGGUUAGGAAACCUGCCAUAUGAAUAUAAAAUAGUGAUUGCUGGGAAUCAUGAACUGACAUUUGAUAAGGAAUUCAUGGCAGACCUUGUUAAACAGGACUACUACCGUUUCCCCUCUGUGUCCAAAUUGAAACCCGAGGACUUUGACAACGUUCAGUCCCUCCUGACAAACAGUAUUUACUUACAAGACUCGGAGGUAACAGUGAAGGGAUUCAGGAUAUACGGGGCACCUUGGACCCCGUGGUUUAAUGGAUGGGGCUUUAACCUGCCCAGAGGUCAGUCUCUGCUGGACAAGUGGAACCUCAUCCCUGAGGGCAUCGACAUACUCAUGACACAUGGACCUCCUCUAGGUUUUCGAGACUGGGUUCCAAAGGAGCUUCAGAGAGUCGGCUGUGUGGAGCUUUUAAACACGGUCCAGAGGCGAGUCCGGCCCAAGCUCCAUGUAUUUGGUGGAAUCCAUGAAGGUUACGGCAUUAUGACCGACGGUUAUACAACGUACAUCAAUGCCUCAACGUGUACAGUCAGCUUUCAACCGACCAACCCUCCAAUUAUAUUUGACCUUCCAAACCCACAGGGUUCCUGAAGCUCUAAAAAGCCCAAUUGGAAUGUGAGGGAAAGUCUAUAAACUGCCAUUUUUCUAAUUAUAAA